AUGUCUUGUAUCUUUCUUUCAGAGGCACAUCUAAACUGUUUCUCAAAAGACUUGCUGCAUCUUGCUGGUAACGUAUCUCGAAUAUUUAAUGAGGCCCUGGAACAAAUUAAACACUGCAUAGUAACGCUGGGUCGUAAGGGAUAUUUAUCACCGGACCUCUGAAGAAAACAGUUUAGAAUUGAUAGAGCUAUCUAGUAGAAAUAAAGUUAGUUUAGUUUAGGUUUCCUUCUGUAGUCCUGUAUAGUAACACUGGAUCAAUAAGAGACGACUCAUCCUAGACCUCUAGGAAGAACAGUUUAGAACUGAUAAAAGCUAUCCGGUAUAAAUAGAGUUAGUGUAGUUUAGCUUUCCUCCUGUAGUAAGAGUGGAUCAAUAAGAGAUGACUCUUACUGGAUCUCUAGAGAGAACAGUUUACAACUGAUAGAACUAUCUAGUAUAAAUAAAGUUAGGUUAGUUUAGGUUUCCUCCUGUAGUAACACUAGAUCAAUAAGAGAUGAUCCUUACUGGACCUCUAGGAAGAACAGUUUAGAACUGAUAGAGCUACCGAUAAAUAAAGUUAGUUUAUUUUAGGUUUCCUUCUGUUGUAACACUUUGUCAAUAAGAGAUUACUCUUACUGGACCUCUAGGGAGAACAGUUUAGAACUGAUAGAGCUAUCCAGUAUAAAUAGAGUUAGUUUAGUUUAGGUUUCCUCCUGUAGUAACACUGGGCAGAGAACAGUGCACAAGUGAUACAGCUUCUUAGUAUAAGAAAAAGCUAACAUCGGCCCUAUAUAUUAUUAUUUAGAUUCUUGCACAAGUUCCGAGACGGGUACUUGGGAUGGAACGUGUAAAGAUCUUUUCCCAAAAGGAACUGAUUAUCCAGAGUCCAAGGAGUGGAUCUCGGCCAAGCUUGUUGGAGCCUGGUAUAGAGUAAAAUUUCUUAAAGCUUUUAGGAUGAGCAAAGCCAUUAUGCAACAGCGUUCAUGGGAGAAUUCUCAAAUCAAAGAUGUCGCCAUUGAAUUUGAUACAGGACCUAGCAUACAGGUGUGUUCAUUGAAUCUACCGUCACUUGCAUCUAAGGAUGAACAUUUGCAGUUCUCUCGCUAG